UGGAGCCGGAACCGGGGCCGGCUUCUGUGCAUGCUGCUGCUGACCUUCAUGUUCAUGGUGCUGGAGAUGGUGGUGAGCCAGGUGACCUCGUCGCUGGCGAUGCUCUCCGACUCCUUCCACAUGCUGUCGGACGUGCUGGCGCUCGUGGUGGCGCUGGUGGCCGAGCGCUUCGCCCAGCGGACCCACGCCACCCAGAAGAACACGUUUGGCUGGAUCCGGGCCGAGGUGAUGGGGGCUCUGGUGAACGCCAUCUUCCUGACCGGCCUCUGCUUCGCCAUCCUGCUGGAGGCCAUCGAGCGCUUCAUCGAGCCGCACGAGAUGCAGCAGCCGCUGAUGGUCCUCGCGGUCGGCGUGGCAGGGCUGGUGGUCAACGUGCUGGGGCUGUGCCUCUUCCACCAUCACAGCGGCUUCGGCAACAACUCCGGCCACGGCCACUCGCACGGGGGUCACGGCCACACCAAGGGGGUCCGCGGCAAGAGCAGCCGCCCCGGGGACAGCGACCACAGGAGCCCGGGCGGCCAGAGACCCGACCAGGAGGAGACCAACACCUUGGUGGCCGGUAGCAGCAACUCCAACGGGCUCAAACUGGGCGGGACAGAUCCCGAAAAGUCCAGAACUAAUGCAACAGAUGUACAAAUGAAUGGGAAUGUUAUCAGAGAAUCUGAUAAUACGGAUUUGGAAGAUGAAGCUGAUGAUGCUCAAAAGGCUGGACAACUUAACAUGCGUGGAGUUUUUCUGCAUGUCUUUGGAGAUGCUUUGGGUUCAGUGAUUGUAGUAGUGAAUGCCUUGGUCUUUUACUUUUAUUGGGAUAGUUGUCCUGAAGGGAGGUUCUGUGAAAACCCGUGUAUCGCUGACCCCUGCAAAGCGCUUGUAGAAAUAAUCAAUAGUACUCAAGGAACAGUUUUUGAGGCUGGUCCUUGCUGGGUGCUAUAUUUAGAUCCAACUCUUUGUAUUGUAAUGGUUUGUAUACUUCUUUACACAACUUAUCCAUUACUUAAGGAAUCUGCUCUCAUUCUUCUACAAACUGUUCCUAAACAAAUUGAUAUCAGAAAUUUGAUAAAAGAACUUCGAAAUGUUGAAGGAGUUGAGGAAGUUCAUGAAUUACAUGUUUGGCAACUUGCUGGAAGCAGAAUCAUUGCCACUGCUCACAUAAAAUGUGAAGAUCCAACAUCAUACAUGCAGGUGGCUAAAACCAUUAAAGACGUUUUUCAUAAUCACGGAAUUCAUGCAACUACCAUUCAGCCUGAAUUUGCUAGUGUAGGCUCUAAAUCAAGUGUAGUCCCAUGUGAACUUGCCUGCAGAACUCAGUGUGCUUUGAAGCAAUGUUGUGGGACUCGGCCACAAGCCUAUUCUGAAAAGGAUACAGAAAAGGCCCCAACAGUUAGCAUUUCCUGUUUAGAACUUAGUGAAAAUCUAGAGAAGCCCAGGACUCAAGCUGAAAACAUGCCUGCUGUUGUGAUAGACAUUAAAAAGAUGCCAAACAAACAACCUGAAUCAUCUUUGUGAGUCUUGAAAAAGAUGUGAUAUUUGACUUUUGCUUUAAACUGCAAGAGGGAAAAGACUCCACUGAAAUUCUAAGUUUGCCAAGUAGUGUAAUUGAAGUCUUUGGUCACACAGUUUAAUUCUAUUUUUGUAAGAACAUAAUGGGACUGUUUAGCAGACUUCUGUAUUACAAUUUGUGAUUCUCAGUGCAGAGUACAGGUAUGCUGUUAACAAUUUUGAAAAGCCAGUUUUAACACUAUGUUACAUUUUGUUUAAAGUAAGUAUAGACCUUAUAUAACAUAAUGACAUUUGAUUUCCAGUUUUGCCAUGGUUAAAAUUAAUUAGGGGGAUAAAUAAAUUAAAAUUGUUACUGGAAUUUCUCUGCUUUUCUUUUCCCCCAGUGUUAUAUUUUGUUUAUUAAAAUUAUCAUUGCUAGAACUUAAAAUAUCACCAACAACUUUGUUUCCUUUGAUACUUUAAGUAAUAUUUACUUGCUCUUUAAGAUCAUUAUAUAGCAUAGUGGCAGCAUAUUUUAAGAGUGACUGAUGGAUAUUAUUAGGAAAAGUUUUUUUUUUCUUCACAUGGGGUAUUUAUCAUACUAAAGGUUAGUUAUUAUCCUGUGUUCUAUAUUGCUGAGUAUUGCUCUAAUAAACCGUGAGAUAUAAUUAACAAACUGAAUUAUAGUUUACACAUAAUAGGGCAUAUGGGGAGUAAGAGCAGGGAAGAAAGUUUACCAAAUUAAAUAUUUAGAUUAUUGUAAAUUAAUAUUGAGACUAUAUUCUAAAUCCUGAGAAUUUGAACGUGUUUUUUCUUACCAAAGUUAGUCUAAAACAUGGACGUGUUCACCAGCAUUACUUGCUUUGAAAGAUUGGCAUCAGAAGCACAUAUAUUCAGUAAAUGUUUUUAAAGACAUUAAACUCAAUCUAAUAAUUACAUGUUAAAUGCAAGCUUACUAAUAGAAUCUUUAAAAAAAAAGACUUUCCAGAGUUAAAGUCAUUUCAUAGUGACCAAUCAUGAAUGGAUUCAAAUGCAGCUUUUCAAACACCACCAGCAAUGCUUGUGUUUUGCCAAGAGCCACUGACUUUGGGAGAACAAAGAAAUCUGAAGGUUAAUGCAGUUUGGAUAUUAAAUUCUUAAAAAGCAAUAUGAGUUAAGGCAAAAUUAAUCAUUAAGAUUCUAUAAGUUAUCCUGUCUUGAUAAUGCUCAGAUCUCCCAAUAGUGGCUUAUUUUGCGAGAUGCCGCAAUAUCUACACAGGAAAUUGUUCUUCGUUAUUUUAUUGUUGCUAUACACAAAUGUUAUUUAAGGGUAUUUAAGUGGUAUUUUUCUUGAUAGAGAGGGAUUAUGCUUUGUGAAGAAACUAGAUUUUUGUCCUCAAAAGGGUGAAUAUUAAUAUCAGUUAUCAUGUAUAAUUCUAUUUUUCUAGCAACAAGGUAUUCUGACUACUUCAGUGACUUUUAUAGAUGACUACUUUUAAGAUGGCUACCUUUCGGGAUUUGAAAUAAUUCAUUGUUUAAUGUUUCUUAAGAUGAACACGCUGGCCUUUUGACAGUUAACUUUUUAAAGGGAUGAUCUUCUGUGGUAGAUGGUGUGGUUUUUUUCUAGCAUAAGCCUAUUGCUGGCAAUGGGCCUAUUUAAGAACAGCCGAUUUUUCCAAUGAGAAUGAGGUAAUUUUAGGAACACAGUUUGUAAGUUCACAUUUACUCUAAUGGGCCAAAACCAUAACCUGCCAAUUUUGCAGUACAUCUUGACAUUUUAAUACUCUUUUCUGAUACUGUGGAAUUCGAUUCCUAAAUUGGUAGUUAUUUUGAAUUUUACAAUUUCUUUUUAGACAUGAAAUUGGGGAAUUCCCUCAUUGUAUGGAUGAAUAAAAGAGAAAGCUUCCAAUUGUACUGUAUCAUGUACAUUCCUGACUUAAUACUUUAAACUACAAAACAUUAAGAUCUCAAAACAGUUUGUUAUAGAAACAUUUCAGUAACGAUGCAAUAGGAUAACUGGUAAAAUAUAUUCCAUGCAAUGGGCUUUUCUUUACAAAUGCUUUAUUGGGUCUGUUUUUUAAAGGUUGUAUAAUGUGUAAGACAUCAACCGAAUGAGGAUUUUUUAAAAUGAUAUAUAAGCUUGGGACAAGGGCUUUUCUCCCCUUCCCCCCCAAGUACUUUGAAGGUAACAACCUCUAGGUUUCAGUUAUUUCGCUUUUCAUAAUUUCUAAGUAGCUUGUAUGUAGCAAAGUGGUACCAUAGGAACAUUCUCUUUUUUUCAAAGGACUUAGUCAUAAUAGCAAAGUCAGUGGGCACUGACUCACCUUUUGAGUUUUGGCAGAGAAUUAUUUAUUUCUUUACAAUGCACUUUCUAACCCAUUUUUAGCUAUAUUAGCAUCUUUUUAAAAAUGCUUUUAUAUUUAAAUAUUGUGGGAUUUAGGUGUCUUUUCUAAAAUAGCUUAUUCCUUCUUGAAAGAAAAUGAAGGGAAUACCCUGAAUUAUUCGGAGACAUAAGCCCAAUAUUUAAAUAUGCUGUUUUAUAACACUGCAUCAGUUUUAGGAGGUGCACCUCUCCUGCUGGCUCUUUUAUAUUUGAGCAAGAUCAGUGUAUUUAGAAUGUGUUUAGCAACUUGUCUGUCGUUUCGGUUUAGUGAGGAGGUGCUGUAUGUACCUGAAUUAAAACCAAUCCAGAAAUUUUUCCCAAGCCAAAUGCAGCCUUAGUGAUGAGAGAUUUAAUUCUCCAUUGUCACCCCUUGUAGUUUAGAUGAAUGUUUAGUUAGUGGGUUUUUUUUUUUUUUUUUGAAGGGCAUAUGCAUUGUAAAAGUAAGGACUGGAACCUACAAGAAAAAAGGUCAAAAAACUUUGCUGUAUGUAUUUUAACAUUUUAGAAAACAAUGUUUGACUAAGGUAUGUAACGUAAAUAGGAAAAAUUUCCAUCCAGGCCACCUUUGGAAAAUCACAAUAGGGAGGAGACUGUUAACAUUUUAUAUCUUGUUAACAGCCUCAGUUAAUCUUGAACUUUUGAAAGUUGAGGGAAACAGCCUAUGAAAGCUAAUGUGAAGUAUUUAGUAGGCUAACUGGUAUUGAGUUGAAGAUCUUUACUGUUUCUAAGCAGAUAACAUUUUAAUGAUAUGUCAUUUACCUGCUGUCUUAAGAUGUUCACAUACAUAAAUGUGGAGAAUAAUUCUACAUUAUAGAUAUAUUUAUUUUAAUAGUGUUUCAGUUAAGUCAUAAAACAGUGUUAAAACGUUUGGGAAGGUAAAGGGUUUUUUUGUUUUGUUUUUUAAAUUGAAACUGUCAAAUACAGUGUUUGACCAUCUGAAAUGGAAAUUGUAAUAGCACUAUUUUGAUGUAGCUCUACCAAUACUGUGUGACGAUGCUCUUUUGUUUUACUAGCAGGCGCUGGGAUAUUUGGCAGUCAUUUUUACUGGCACAAGAGCUUUUUGUAUGUCAUUCAGCUUAAACUUUUAAACCAAAAAUGUUAUGGUCCAGUGUCUUUGGCAAAAGGAUGCUGAAGGGAAUGUAACAUAAAAUUAAUAUGUGGUUGUAUGUAAAAAGACACAAAUUGCCACCUUAAGGUUAUGCCUUGAAACAGCACAAUGAAGUGUAUCUGUGUAUUCUGUGAUUCUUUAGGAAACUUCCAUGUUGUGUUUUGGGUCUGCCAUGCCCUGUCCUUCGGGCCAGAUGUGGCAGUUAAAUGCUACUAUCAUCUCAUUAAAUGCAGAAGCACAUAAGAUGUCUUUAGUGCUGCAACACCUGACCUAACUUUCUGUGUGUUCUAUGAUUGUACAUUGUUUUCCAAAGCUGUUCCUCCUACCUCAUCAUGAGGCUUUAUGGAUCGUUAUGUAUUAUAAAUGUUCUUUAUGAGACAGACUACUGUGUUUCUUCUCAUUUAUUAAACGUUAAGUAGAAAAAUAAAUUAAUUUUUAAAUAUC